ACCAUCGAUUCCUUCAAUUCCCCCAUUCGAUCUUUUCACGCAGUGAUCGCAUGCCGCGACGCUCGUAAUGGCUUCGUCGGAGAUCGAAGUCACCGAGUCCCCCGGAGCGGUGACCGCCCAAGACCCUCCCGGCGAAGCGGCGGCGGCCGUCGUCGACGUGUUCUCCGCCUCCGCGUACGGCGAUUUGGAGCAACUGAGGAGGUUCGUGGAGCAAGGAGGCGCCUCCCUCUCGACCCCGACGCUAAUGGGUACUACGCUCUCCAGUGGGCCGCCCUCAACAACUUCGCCGACGUCGUCCAGUACAUCAUCGAGAAUGGAGGUAAUGUGAAUGCGACGGACAACUUGAAGCAGACCGCACUGCAUUGGGCUGCCGUUCGGGGAUCCGUUGCGGUUGCGGAUGUGCUUUUGCAAAAUGGAGCUUGGGUAGAGGCAGCUGAUAUAAAUGGGUAUCGGGCAGUUCAUGUUGCUGCCCAGUAUGGCCAGACAGCCUUCUUAAAUCACAUUGUUGGAAGGUAUCAUGCUGAUAAUGACGCACCAGAUAAUGAUGGAAGAAGUCCUCUUCAUUGGGCUGCAUAUAAAGGAUAUGCUGACACAAUCAGAUUACUUCUUUUUAGAGAAGCAUCCCAGGGGAGACAAGAUAAAGAAGGUUGUACCCCAUUGCACUGGGCUGCAUUAAGAGGAAAUGUUGAGGCAUGCACAGUGCUUGUCCAUGCAGGCACAAAGCAGGAGUUAAAGGUUAAAGAUAAUGCAGGAGUUACUCCAGCCCAACUUGCUUCAAAUAAAGGUCACUGGGCUGUCGCUAAUUUCCUUUCUAAUGCGGAGCGAGCAAUGAGCAAUCAUUGGACUGACAAAAUUCGAAGUGGGAAGUUUGGUGAUAGUGGUUAUGCUCCCAUUUUGUUGUGCAUUAUCAUUGGUUGUACCAUACUCUUCAUCAACUCAGUUCUUGCCGCACCCGAUCUCCCAAAGGUGACUGCAGCUGUUGGCCUUUGGGCAUGGACAGCUAUCUCACUGGCAGUUGGUUCACUGAUAAUGUUCUUCAGGUGUUGGAGCAAAGACCCAGGCUAUAUAAAGACACCAAGGGAGCUGGGCAAUCAUCAGGAUGAUGAGGAUCCUUUGCUGAGCAUUGAUGUUAACAAUUCCUCUCAAUGGACCGGAAAAUGGUCUCAGCUUUGCCCAACUUGCAAGAUUGUUCGACCUGUCCGCUCAAAACAUUGUCCUUCAUGUAAGCACUGUGUUGAACAGUUUGAUCAUCAUUGCCCUUGGAUAUCUAACUGUGUUGGGAAGAAGAACAAAUGGGACUUCUUUGUUUUGAUUUGUAUGGCCACAAUGACAUCAUUUCUUGGUGCUGCCGUUGCAGUUCAAAGGAUAUGGACUGCCACAGCCGCAUUUCCAACGGGCAAGUCAUGGAUUCAUUAUGUCAUGGUUCAACAUCCUGGAAUUGCUGUAUUUUUGCUUCUCGAUGGCAUUGUGUUGAUUGCUGUUACAACUUUGACAACUGCACAGGCAUCUCAGAUAGCCCGGAAUAUCACCACCAAUGAGCUAGCCAAUGCCAUCCGGUACGGGUACCUUCGUGGUCCAGAUGGGCGUUUCCAUAAUCCCUAUAACCAUGGGUGCCGGAAGAACUGUGCUGAUUUUCUUAUCCAUGGAUAUACUGAUGACAAUGAGAUUGCAUGGCCUUCAUUACCACAAGUUCAUAGUUAGCACCAUUCGGGGAGGACUUUGUGCGUGAUUAGUACAGAGUUCCCUGGGUCUCCUAAUUAUCUAUAUCAGCUGACACCCAGAUGUCACAACAGUUCUUUACGAUUCAGUUUGCGUGUACCUCUUUGAAUAGUUGUGGGAAGUUCACUCCAUGGUCCAUAGCUCAUAUCCAUGUACCGGAGAGGGUGUCCCUUCACUAACACCACAAACGGAUAUAGUUGAUCCUCCGGUUGCUGUACAUGUAUACAUGAAUUUGAUUGAUUAGGGUUGGCAAAGAAGUCACUGGAGUUUUCAGAUUGUGCAACUGAAUUUUACAA